AUUUUGGGUUCAGCAACAUCUUCACCCCUGGCCAGCUGCUAAAAACCUGGUGUGGGAGUCCUCCCUAUGCUGCUCCAGAGCUCUUUGAGGGCAAGGAGUACGAUGGGCCCAAAGUUGACAUUUGGAGCCUCGGCGUGGUGCUGUACGUGCUGGUGUGUGGAGCUCUGCCCUUCGACGGGAGCACCCUGCAGAACCUGCGCGCGCGCGUGCUCAGCGGCAAGUUCCGCAUCCCCUUCUUCAUGUCCACAGAGUGUGAACACCUGAUCCGCCACAUGCUGGUCCUGGACCCGAGCAAGCGGCUCUCCAUGGAGCAGAUCUGCAAACACAAGUGGAUGAAGCUGGGAGAGGCUGAUGCAGAGUUUGACAGGCUGAUAGCAGAGUGCCAGCACCUGAAGACUGAGAGGCAGCUGGAGCCGCUGAACGAGGACGUGUUGCUGGCCAUGGCAGACAUGGGGCUGGACAAGGAGCGCACGGUGCAGUCCCUGAGGGCCGAUGCCUACGAUCACUACAGUGCGAUCUACAGUUUGCUCUGCGACCGCCUCAAGAGGCACAAGAACCUGCGCAUUGCACCUUCUCCCAGCAUCCCACGGACCAUGCCCUUCUCUGCCUCGGCCAACAUCCAGGCAGAACAGACAGGCAACACCAUGAACAUCAAUGUGCCACAAGUCCAGCUCAUCAACCCUGAGAACCAGAUUGUGGAGACUGACGGAACAAUGAACUUGGACAGUGAUGAAGGGGAAGAGCCAUCACCUGAGGCUCUGGUGCGCUACCUCUCCAUGAGGAGGCACACAGUGGGAGUAGCUGACCCACGGACGGAAGUGAUGGAAGAUCUGCAGAAGCUCCUGCCUGGCUUCCCCCGUGUCACACCUCAGGCUCCGUUCCUGCAGGUGACCCCGAAUGUGAACUUCAUGCACAACGUGCUGCCCAGGCAGACCCUGCAGCCCACAGGACAGCUGGAGUACAAG